CAUUUUCCGAAAUAACCCUACCAAUCUGGUCAAUUUACCAUGGAGCUACCAAAGAGUAUGAAAUAGCCACUAGUCCAUUACCAAUCUGCCAUAGACAUAGUCCAUACUCCUACCAUAAUCCAUAGAUCAUUACUGUAUUCCCUCGUCCUCGUCCUCAAUAGCAAGUCCUAGGUUCUCCGGCGGUGUCACCGUUUCAGCUACCGGACAUUUGCAACCAUCCGGUAUUUUCUCUCUCCUCCUUUCAUCCCUUCUUAUUCUCACCUUUUCGUCUAGUUCUAGAAUCUAGACCCUAAUUAUUACUUUUUCUUUUCUUUCUUUCUCCCAGACUAGACAUUUUUCUUUCAAUUUCAAACUUCCCCUCCUGAAUUUUAAAAUCUCAUUGAGGUAAAUUCUCAUCUUCCCACCUUUUUAUUAACAAUGCACAUGAAAACCCAGAAGUUGGAUUGAUCAAAUCAUAGAAUUGAUAGAAAUUCAUACUUAAUUGGGUAAUUUGGAUUUAUUUCAGUUCUUUUCUUUGAGCAAAUGUUGAGGCUUUAUUCACCGAAGAAUACACUAUGUUGUUGUUUGAAGAAAUGUUUAGUAUGUUUAACCACAAUCAGGUGCUGUUCUGCUUCAUCAUCAAAUGAUUAUAUGCCUAGACUCACUAAUACAAUACUUGGUAGCAAAACCCCUGCUCAGGCAUUGAGUUACUUUAACUCAGUUUCCAUGUCAAUCGAUGUGGAAAAGAAUCGCCGAGCUCAUUCGGCGAUCAUUCAUGUGUUAAGCAAGGCCAAAUGGUACUUGCAGGCAAGGUGUUUGUUAAAGUGCCUCAUCCAGGAACUUCUCAAGACCUGCCCACCUCCCCGUGUUUGUUCCAUUGUAUUUAAGGACUUGACUCGGAUUGAUGAGUCUAAAUUUGAUAACAAUGUUUUUGGAGUGAUGAUAAUUGCAUUAUCUGAAAUAGGUCUUUUAGAUCAAGCUGUUUGGGUUUAUUAUAAGAUUGGAGGAUUGCCUUCUACUCAGGCUUGUAAUGCACUUCUAAACGGAUUAGUUAAGACAGGUAGGUUUGGUUCGGUUUGGAGAAUUUAUGACAAGAUGGUUGAUAGGGGGAUGGUUCCUACUGUUGUUACAUAUGGUACUUUGAUUGGUGCCUGUUGUGGUGAAGGGGACAUUGGGAAAGCACAAGAGUUAUUUGAUGAAAUGGUUGGGAAAGGGAUCAAACCAACAGUUGUUAUCUUCACCACUAUGAUUCAUGGUUUGUGCAAUGUGGGUAGGUUGUCAGAAGGAGAAGAUUUCUUUAGGGUAAUGAAAGAAUCUGAUGUAGUUCCCAAUUUAUACACUUACAACGUCUUGAUGGAUGCAUAUUGUAAAUUGGCCAAGUUACCACGUGUUAUGGGACUUUAUAGGGAAAUGCUGAGCCUUAACUUGGCGCCUAAUGUUGUUACAUUUGGAAUAUUAGUGGAUGGUUUUUGUAAAGAUGGUGGAGUGGAGAUGGCAAGAAGCCUUUUCCCUUAUAUGAUGAAGGCUGGUAUUCCUCCCAAUGUGUUUGUAUACAAUAGUUUGAUGGAUGGGCUCUGUAAGACUGGAAAUCUUUUUGAAGCCCUGACUCUGUUUAGAGAGAUGGAAAGUUUUAGUAUCCCUUCAGAUGUUUUUACUUUUAGUAUUCUUAUAAAGGGUUUAUCUGAAGUAGGUAGGGUGAAAGAAGCAGAUGAUCUACUUUCAAAGAUGAAAAAAGAAGGGAUCUUUGCGAAUUCUGUGACAUACAACUCUUUAAUUGAGGGGCAUUGCAAACAAGGAGACAUGGAGAAAGCUCUCGAACUAUGUUCACAAAUGAUAGAUGAGGGCAUAGGACACAAUUCUCUAACCUUCUCUACGCUCAUAAAUGGGUAUUAUCGAGAAGGGAAUGUGGAUGCUGCUAAGGGCAUAUAUUCAGAAAUGUUAAUCAAAGGGAUUUUGCCUGAUGUUGUGAUCUAUACAGAUUUAAUCAAUGGGCAUUUCAAAAAUGCAGACACGAAGGGUGCUCUUGGGGUGUAUAAAGAAAUGCAGGAGGAAGGGUUCAUCCCUAAUGCUUUCACAAUUAGUUGUCUCAUUGACGGGUUGUGCAAAGAUGGGAAAGUUAAUGAUGCAUUCAAACUUUUUCUGAAAGGUACAGCCUCCGUGCAUUGUGAAGGCACUCAAACUCAGUUUGAAUCAAUAACAAAUUCUUUCAACAACGUAGCAUAUACGGCUCUUAUACAAGGUCUUUGUAAAGAAGGGAGAAUGCUUAGAGCUAGUAAGAUUUUCUCAGACAUGAGAGCUCAUGGUUUAAAAGCUGAUGUAAUCACCUACUUGGUACUUAUUCUGGGACACGCUCGAGCUCUGCAUGUCCAAAACUUACUUGCAUUGCAUGCAGAUAUGCUCAAACUAGGUUUUUUGCCCGACAAAGGCAUAUAUUCAAUCCUGCACAAGGCCUACCAAGAAAUUGUGCUUUGAUGAUCUGUUAGGCUUAGGUGUUGUGUGGUCCAAGUAGAUGGUGCCCAAACAGUGGGGCCAUUGUUUGGCUAUGGAUGCAUCAUGUCUUUUGUGAACGAUGAUUUGUAAAUGGGCAUGUACGAAAAGGUAUGUGGAAGACUGCCGAAUCCCUUCAAGGAUAUAUGAAUAUGAUUUGCACGUGUAUCUUUGAGUUAGGAGGGGAAGUCUGUAAUAGGUUCAAUUUAAGGAGCAACCAUUUUGUACAAGAAGUCCACAGGUCGAUUGGGAUUUAUUUUUGUGGCCAUCUGUUUUGGAUCAGAUUAGAAAAGGCUGUGCUGGCUGACUGUUGAAGAUGAUGUUAUCCAUCUUUUUGACUGAGACUUGAGAUGUGUUUAAAUUCACAACUUUCUCGUGAAUUUACUUUCCCUCUUAAGAGACUGGAUAACCAAUUUUUCUGGUCUAUCUCAAAUUGUCUAUUAAUUAAAGCUGUAAGUUUGUAGCAUGUGAAAGAAUAGCGAGGCCGUAGUAUUCUUCUGUGCAUCAGCAAGGAGAGUAUGAAGUAUUUCAAUAAAGUCUUAUCAUUCCGUCAACCCAAAUCUAAGCUCCCAGCUUUGCUCAGACCACCCAAAGCAAACGAAGCUCUUAAAAAUUAUCUAAAGACACAUUCUGCUACAAGGGCUAUAGUAUUCUUCAGAAAACUUUGGAGGCAAAAUCCUUCUGCUGUGGACAGCUACUCGUCUCUGUAUGUUCUCAAGGUUUGUACUCAAGAAUCCUUAACAGUCGAGGGACGACAGUUGCAUGCCAUGGUUAAGAAGGUAGGCUUUGAACCUGUUAUUUUUCUCCAGACAUGUUUGAUAGAAUUUUACUCUAAGAUGGGGGACGUGGAUUAUGCUCGUCGUAUUUUUGAUGAAGUAUGCUGCAAGAAUGCUAUAUGUUGGACUUCUUUGAUUACUGCGUACAUUGAUAACAACAUGGCUAGGAAAGCCCUUACAAUAUUCAGGCAGAUGCUGAUGAAUAAAAUUGAGCCCGAUCAAGUUUCGCUGACUGUUGCUCUAGCUGCAUGUGCUGAUCUUGGUGCAUUGUGUGUAGGAGAGUGGAUUCAUGCUUAUACUUGUCGUAAAUAUGGGAUCAAAAUUGAUCUCUGCCUCAGUAAUGCUCUCAUUGACAUGUAUCUCAAGUGUGGACAGAUUAGAGCUGCACGCAGAUUAUUUUGUAUCUCUAGGGAAAAGGAUGUAUUUACAUGGACUUCCAUGAUUGUAGGGCAUGCACUACACGGGCAGUCUGUUGAGGCUCUUGAUUUGUUUGCACGAAUGAGACAAACUAGAAGUUCUGUCAAGGGCAGCAAACCAAGCGUGCUUCCGAAUGAUGUUACAUUCUUGGGAGUUCUUAUGGCUUGUAGUCAUGGUGGGAUGAUAGAGGAGGGUAAGCAGUAUUACAAAAGCAUGAUGGAUGACUAUGGAUUAUGGCCAAGGCUACCUCAUCUCGGAUGCAUGGUAGAUCUCUUUUGCAGAGCUGGGCUCUUGGAGGAGGCUUAUGGUUUUAUUUCGGGAAUGCUAGUUCAGCCAAAUGCACUGAUCUGGAGGAUGUUGUUAGGAGCAUGUUGUAAUCAUGGUAAUAUUGAGCUUGGUGGAAAGGUUCGGUUGCUGUUAUCCAAGUUGGAUCCAACACAUACUGGUGAUGAUGUUACCCUGUCAAACAUGUAUGCUGGAAGAGGGCUUUGGAAUGAAAAAAUGAUGGUCAGAGAUAGCAUAGGAUGUCGCAGGGUGCCUGGUUGCAGUUCAAUUGAGGUGGCAUUUGAGGUGAAUGAGUUCGUUGCCGGAGAUAAUCAUCAUCCACUAAAAGCUGAGAUCUAUAAUGUCCUUGAACACUUGAUGGGAAUAGUCAGAAGUCACAGCCAUAUUCCAGAUGCAUCUGACAUCAAUAGUUAUUGAAUUAAAUUCAAAACAUUUUAUCAAAAUAUGAGAAUUUGACACCAGGCACACCUUUAUGUCUUUGAACCGGGAGAAAGAUAAUGGUUUGACACUUGACAAUAUUUUCAUCCUUGCCCCCUUUGUGAGAAUGCUGUUUCCUUGGUCUGUGUUUCAUGACCGAUUCCUGACGGGGCAACCUUAUUCUGCUUCUCCUCUUGGUAAUGGUAGGGUAUAUAAUAUAUGUUGCAUCACAUCUUGGACAUGACUUAUAUGAGCCUUGGCCACAUCAGUCUCACUGGGUAACAAUUUUCACCAUUCUCACCCACAACUCUGAAUUGGGUGAACCUUCCCUGUCAACUUGCUGACCAUUGAAGCUGGUUGUCCAAUAUGGAGCAAUACUUUUGACUGACAUCAAGAGCUUUCAUGGAAGAUUUUGAACAGUUGUUGAAGAAGGCAUCAACUUCCAAAAGGAUUAAUGAUGGAUGCUACUAUGAACUUCUAUGGCAAACUUUGAACAAUGAUCAAAGCAGUGUAUUCGGUUCCUGCUUGACUUCUUUUAGAAAAAGGUCUAGAUGGUGGAGAUACAAGGGGCAAUAGUUCCAGACAAAGGUGGAAUGUGUUCAUCUAUGGAUGUAUGGAAAAGAUUACAGGCUUCAAUUGACUGAAAGGAGGACGACAAGAGCGUUAUCUCAUGUCGAUCUGCCCAUUGAGUUGUGCAUGAAUCAACCAUCAUCUUUGGAACUGGUUUAGUGUUGUUCAUUUCGUAGCAUUCUCUUUCUCUUUCUACUUCUCCCAGUCAUUUGUUUUUGGAGGGAGGACGAGGCUUGCUGGUGGUGGUGUGUGUUAAAGGUCCCAAGCUAUGAAAUCAGAUUCUUUGUGCUAAUUCUUGUAUAUAUGGAUGAAUUCUGCUCCAUAAUUGUGUUAGAACCCAAUGCAUGAUCCAUUUUUAACUGCAACUAGCUUUUGAGCCCGUUCAAAGAACGGGCGAUUGUGUAGUGGUUACUCUGUAUUUAGUUUAUCUUUUUAAGUUCAAAUUUUAUUGAGCU